AUGCCUCAGCUCCAGCGCCGCCGAGAGACCUGGCAACUGGAAGGCGGCGCCGCCGCCCAUGUCAUGGACCUGGAGACCGCCGUCAAGGACGGCAUCCUGGGGGGCUGCGCCGCCGGCGGCGCUCCCGCCGCCGCCGUCGCCGAGAAGCUCGACCUGAAGACGAUGAUCGAGGAGCUCGAAUCCACCGACGACGUCCCCAGAGUCUUCAUCUGCCCGAUCUCCCUAGAACCCAUGGUGGAUCCGGUGACCCUCUCCACGGGGCAGACCUACGAGCGCUCGAACAUCCUCCGCUGGUUCUCCAUGGGCCACCUCACCUGCCCCACCACAAUGCAGGAGCUCUGGGACGACGGAGGCGUCACCCCGAACCAGACCCUCCGCCGCCUGAUCUUCGCCUGGUUCUCGCAGCGCCGCCUCCUGCUCAAGAAGCGCUCCGAGGACGUCCAUGGCCGCGCGGAGGAGCUCCUCGCCGCCCUCCGCAGGGCCAAGGGCCAGUCCUCCCGUUCCCAGGUUCUCUCCGAGCUCCUGCAGCUGGUCAGCUCCCACGCCUCCGCGAAGAAGACGGUGGCGAACUCCGGCGGCAUCGCCCUCAUCUCCGAGCUCCUCGGGCCUUUCACCUCCCACGCCGUGGGUUCCCACGCCAUCGCCAUUCUCGUCCUCCUUCCCCUGGAUUCACAGGCCUUGCAGAGCUUGAUGGAGCCGGCGAAGAUCUCCCUGGUAGUAGAUAUCCUCAACGAGGGCUUUCUCGAAACGAAGAUGGACUGCGUCAAGCUCAUCGGGCUGUUGAUGGAGGAGGAGGGCUUCCGGCCGGAGAUUGUCUCCAGCUUAAGUCUUCUGGUGGGUCUGCUGAGGCUGGUCAAGGACAGGAGGCAUCUCGCCGGCGUCAAUGCCGGGCUGAUCCUGCUGAAGGCGAUGAGCUGCCACCAGCAACUGAGGAGCUCCAUGGUGACCGUUGGGGCGGUGCCCCUCCUGGUCGAGCUGCUGCUGCUCCCAAGUUCGAAUGUCAACUGCUUGGAGGCGACGCUCCAGAUCUUGACCCUUCUGUCCGCCAUGGCUGAGGGAGCUGCGAGUAUCAAGGAUUGCCCCGCCGCCAUUCCCAAUCUGGUGAGGCUUCUGAUGAGGGUGACCGAGACCUGCACCGAGUCAGCGCUCUCCAUACUCUGGAACAUCUGCAGGAGCGCCCCAGAGGAGUGUGCUCCCAGAUCGGUGGAGGCGGGUUUGGCGGCAAAGCUGCUGCUGGUGAUCCAGAGCGGCUGCAGUCCGGCGGUGAAGCAGAGGUCGGCGGAGCUGUUGAAGCUCUGCAGCCUCAAUUACACGACGGCCCACUUCAUCUCCAAGUGCAAGUUGACCAGAACAAUCCAAUGA